AUGGAUUCAGAAUAUCAAGGUUUAUUAAACGGUAAAGAAAAGGAAGAUGAAACAAAUGGAGCACACAUAGCUGAGAAGGUUGAACAGGGGGGGGAAACUAUUGAAAAUACAUUAAUGAAAUUAAAUGUAAGAUAUCAAACCUUAUUUUUUUCCUCGGGAGUUAUGACUGUUUUUUGUGGAGCAAUAUCAUUACUAGAAUCAAUGAGAUAUUUUUACUUUACAAAUUUUAUAGUUUCAACAUUUUUAAUAAUCAUGGGUUUAAUAAUGAUGAUUUUAGAUAUCCCAGGAACCCCAAGAUGGGCUGCUAAGCAUAGAAUAAUGAUCAGAAAAUAUAUCAAGUUUUUAACUAGGUUGACAGGAAAAGCAAUAUGGUUUUUCUUUUUAGGCGCUAUGUCUUGCCUUAAUUUAUGGCCCCACUCAAAAAAAAUAUCAUUUUUCCGAUCUUUUUGGGUUAUAUUAUCUUGCAGUUUCAUAUUAGCAGUAGCAGUAGUAGGAUUUUUAAUUGCUCUUAGAAAAUCACUAAGAUUAGAGAAACUUAAAAAAACAAUCAAAUUAGUUUCUAAAGGAGCAUACAUUGAUUGUUAUAGAAAAUAUAGUGUAGCUGAUCCAGAUCAUGGUAUGCAAUUUGAAGAAUUUAACAGAAUGUGCUCAGAUCAUACGAAUGGAUAUAUAUUUUUUGACUUUUUGGACUUAUUUAUUAUAUUUAAUGCUUUAGAUGAACAUCAAAAAUGUUCCAUAAAUGAAAGAGAAUUUUUAGAAUGGAUCAACGGUCCAGUUACAUACUUGUAA